AUGCGCUCGUCGCCCUCCGCCAUCGUGGCCCCCGGCCCGUCCCAGGUGGCCUCGCCCCCCGCCGACCGGAUGGUGAGCAGGAGCAGCUCACGCGGGACCUCCCGCCCCAGGAAGAAGACCAGGCCACGGAAGAGCGUGGCGCACACCGCCGCCUCGUCGUCGGGGUCCACCAGCAGGCCGGGGGCAUAG